AUGGUGGGAAGCUGUUUUGUUAUUAUUAAUGUAACUUCCUGGUUAUAGAGAUAAGGCACUACACCCCCCCCCCCGCCCCCCCCCCCCCACCCCGCCCCCCCCCCACACAGUCAGUCUCUAUGUUCCUCUCUCUGCAGGGUGUCUGGUAAGAUGAGCCAGAGCAGUGUGGAGCUGGACCCGUGUAGCCAGCAGGGCUCCGUAGAGAGCCUGUCCCACAGUCUCUGUGGCCUGGGGAGCAGCAGCCUGCCUACAGCCUCCACCGACAGCCUGCCUGUAGACUCCAACAGAGCCCGCUCUGAUUCUGGUGAGUACAGCCACCCGCCAGGACAUAGAACUAGGGACAAGAGAUACGAGAGCAGAAGAAAACAUUUUCAGAGAGCACUACACGCAAGGCUGCACGAUUUCGACAAAAUAUCGAAUUGAGUUUUUUUGGGCCAGAUAUUGCAAUUGCGAUUAUGAAUUGCGAUUUUCAAACACUUGGGUGAAAACUUGGUAAUUCCAUCAGACAUGGUUAAAACAACUGUCAGGGUAGAGAACAUCACUUCUAAAAUGAGAUCAUUUGAAUGAAUACAUACUGUGCUAACUAAAUAUUAAACCAAAUGAAACAAAUAUUUUCCAACUUUGUUAUAGGCUACAAAUGAUAAUAGAUAUGAUUAUUACACCUGCAUGUUAACAAACACAUUUUUAACAUCAUCAAAAUAUAGUGUGCUAUAAGCGCAGCACUUAUUCAUUAAUUAAUGAAUAACAUAUUGAGUUCCUUGUUUCUAUUUUACCAUUGUGUUCUUAAUUAACAUAAGUUAAUUAUUUAUUCAGGUACCCAUAGGCUGCAGAUGGAAUAGGAAGCUUAUAAUAAUAAUAAUAAUAAUAAUAAUAAUAAUAAUAAUAAUAAUAAUAAUAAUAAUAAUAUAAUAUGCCAUUUAGCAGACGCUUUUAUCCAAAGCGACUUACAGUCAUGUGUGAUACAUUUUUAGGUAUGGGUGGUCCCAGGGAUCGAACCCACUACCCUGGCAUUACAAGCGCCGUGCUCUACCAAUUGAGCUACAGAGGACCACUUAUGAAUAUGUAGAUAUGUAGAAGUAGGCUCAAUCAUUAUUAUAUUUGAAAUGAUAAGUCAAAGUGCCUUUAAAAAAAAACAUCUAACACGUAGGCUACCGAUUGCAAGGUGCAGCCUGUGACCAAAACAUUGGAGUUUGGUCCAGUCAUUCAACGCGACAUUCAAUGUUUCAACUUCUCCCUUAAUUUUGUUAUACAGUGUUGGGAUGGCGACUUGGGAGAAACAUGUGUGAGAUGGAACCUUGUAUCUCCUGUCCAGCUUGUUUUCAUCUUCUUGAAGCCGUCUUUGCUGACUGUGUAAAUAGGAUCAUUUAUUAAACUAUGUUAUAGGUGAUAGCCUCUGUGAUUUAUGUGUCUGCGGGAUGUUUUUUUGUAGGGCGUUACACUUGAAAACGUAUCGGCAAUCAAUGCCUAUUUAGGUGGCUUGGUGUGGCUGAGCAGCUUUGCUACUGUCGCACGUUUUUUUCACCAUGCAAUCAUUGUAAAGUAGGGGAUGGUUAUUCUUCAAAUGAUUUAAUAAAUGUAUUGUGUUGCCUCUUGUUGUCGCCACAACUCUGAGGCACUUUUUACACAACACUUCAAUUUGCUUGACAUCGGUUUGCAAGUAGCCGAAAUACUGCCAUACCACUGAAGAUGCGCCCUUCUUUGGCACCAAAUCGACGUUGUCAUUCCGACGCACACACACAGGUAAAGCCCUUUCUUUCCUCACCAGAGUCUAACUGCGCGCUUUAACCUCUUAAGGAUCGGACCCUUUUUUCAAUUUUCACCUAAAAUGACGUACCCAAACUUAACUGCCUGUAGCUCAGGACCUGAAGCAAGGAUAUGCAUAUUCUUGAUACCAUUUGAAAGGAAACACUUUGAAGUUUGUGGAAAUGUGAAAUGUAGGAGAAUAUUACACAUUAGAUCUGAUAAAACAUGCGUUUUCUAUUAUUUCUUUGCAGUUUACGCGCAAUUUAGAUUUUGGCCACUAGAUGGCAGCAGUGUAUGCAAAGUUUCAGAUUGAUCCAGUGAACCAUUGCAAUACUGGACUAUAUUGUAUCAAGUCUGCCCAAAUGUGCAGAAUUGGUCAAUUGAUACUUUUUCAAGUACAUAACUAUAGAGAACAUACAAAAAAUAUAUAGUAAUACAAAAUGUAAGUUUACACACUCCCAGGAAUGUCAUACAUGACAGAUCAUUAGCUUAUACACUAACUUUCACACAUCUAGAUGGCCGGGCGGGGUGGGUGUGGAGCCAGAGACAGCAGGGGUUCAAACUGUAGAACCCAGUUCCUACAUUUUAAUAUAAAAAUGGAUUUGAUCAAACAAAACUAUGCUACAUUUUAUCUCUGGGACCCUUAGGAUUACAAAUCAGAGCAAGAUGACUGAAUGUAAGUACAUUAUUUACCUUCAGAGGUUUUUGUCGUUGUGCACUCUCCUCAAACAAUAGCAUGGUAUUUUUUUCACUGUAAUAGCAACUGUAAAUUGGACAGUGCAGUUAGAUUAACAAGAAUGUAAUCUUUCUGCCCAUAUAAGACAUGUCUAUGUCCUGGAAAGUUUGCUGUUACUUACAACAGUCAUGCUAAUCACAUUAGCGCACGUUAGCUCAACCGUCCCGUAUACGGGACACCGAUACCGUAGAGGUUAAGCGGGGACGCUUGUGAUUGGCCAGCAUGUACAUGCCAUGCAGAGAGUGAGAGAGUUUGCUUGGAAUUGGUCAACAUCCUCUGUGCAUGUACAGAUGUAGGAUCGUAAUGUCAGCCAGUUUGCUACAGCAGGAAAAUAAUCCUGCAGCAAAAGGAAAUGUGAAUUAUUAUACGGAUUAUAAUUAAUUUACAUUUUUGUAGGGGUUGAUACAUUUUUCGUAAGGGAAAAUCAAAUCUGAAAUUUCAAAGUGGGAAUUACAAACUUCAGAAGCCUUUUUGAAUCUCAACUACACUACAAAUGUUUAAUUUCCUGCAUUGCAGGGUGAUCAAAUUAAGAUCCUACAUCUGUAGAGAGUGAAUAAACUGAGUCUAUCGCAUCUUAUUGGAGGUACCAUAGUCUAGUUUUUGUCCCCUGUAGCUCAGUUGGUAGAGCAUGGCGCUUGCAACGCCAGGGUUGUGGGUUCGUUUCCCACGGGGGGCCAGUAUGAAAAUGUAUGCACUCACUAACUGUAAGUCGCUCUGGAUAAGAGCGUCUGCUAAAUAACUAAAAUGUAAAUGUAUUAACGGAGUGUCAAAGAAAGGAGAAAAUCGCAGCCUCUUGCGAUAUGGAUAUUGCAAAUGUCAAUAUCGCAAUUUUGAUCUGAAUUCGAUUAAUCGUGCAGCCCUAACUACAUGUAUCCAACAUCGCUGGGAGAAAUAAUGGAGAAAACAGUGCCCCAGAGUAUUUCCUGGGGGAAAUAUUGCCCUUUAUAAUAUGUUACCUGAUCAGGAAAAACAUAUUCUACUAGAAGGAAGCCAUCUAACUAGGUUGAAGGUGAGAGAACAAUCAGAAGAGGAAAAGGCUACUGCAGAUAUGAGGUGACUGAGGUUAUAGUAGCAGAAGUCAAGUGUUCAUUUCUCUGUCCUCUUCCUCUUUCACAUUGUGUGUUUGUCUGUCUCUCUGUCUGUGUGACAAGCCUUUGUUUUGAAAUAUACUUUUUCCACAUAGACAUAUUGAAUCAGUGUGUGUGUGUGUGUGUGUAACCCUGCACGCUGCUGGCUGAGGUCUGACGCACCAUCGCUCUUGUUUGGCGUCACUGUCUUCGUCUCUCCAUAUAAGUUCUAAAGCCCAGUGGAUGCGACCCAAAUGGCACCUUGUUCUCUAUGUAGUGCAUUACUUUUGACCAUAGGUCUCCUGUCAAAUGUAAUGCACUACAUAAGGAAUAUGGUGCCAUUUGGGACACUCCCAGACAGUAUGUAAUUGCCUCACUUCCUGGGAAGUGUUUGAAGAGAUAAUUAUGGGACUUUGAUAACGAGGAAAAUAAGGGCUUUUGCUGCUUCAUGCAUACAUGCCAUCUUUCCUUCAGAUUUCCGCUCUGGAAACCCACUCAUUUAGUCUGUGUUCCAAAUGUGACCCUAUUUCCUACAUAGUUCACUACUUUUGACCAGAGCCCAAAGCGCUGGUUAAAAGUAGUGCACUUUGUAGGGAAUAUGGUGCCAUUUGAGAUGCAGCCUUACUGUCAACAACCACACAAUCUCUCUCUGGGUUAGACUAUGGAGUUUCACAUUCUUUAUACUGUACUCUUUAAUUCACCAUUUCCUAAUGGUAUUGCACAGCAGACAUGUUGACCAUCAUAUUGAACCUUAAAUUGUUUAACUCCCUCACUACACCCUCUCAGGGAACUUUGAAUAGAUUAAAUGUGUACUGACUGAUAUGACUAAGAUGUUAGCCAUUAUAACAGUGAUACAGUGACAGGGAUGGGUGCAGCUAUAGCCUGCUGAGCCAAAGUCACCCAGGCAGAUGCUGUUGUGGAUUGUAGGUUGUAGGUUUAUGGGUGAGGGGUAAGGAAGCUUGCUCUGUUGGCUAAGACAGUUGGCUUUGAGUUGCGUGUGUUGCUGGGCAGAAGAUCUCUGUUACAUAUGGAUAAUGUACUGUAUGUUUAUGGAAAACGUACUAUAGGUUUAUGAGUUAGGGUUAAUGUACUGUAGGUUUGUGGGUGAGGGAUAAUGUACUGAAUUGGUAAUGUACUGUACUAUAUACAGUACCAGUCAAAAGUUUGGACACACCUACUCAUUCAAGGGUUUUUCUUUAUUUUUUACUAUUUUCUACAUUGUAGUGUGCAAAGAUGUCAUCAAGGCAAAGGGUGGCUAUUUGAAGAAUCUCAAAUAUAUUUUUAUUUGUUUAACACUUUAAUGGUUACUACAUGAUUCCAAAUGUGUUAUUUCAUGGUUUUGAUGUCUUCACUAUUAUUCUACAAUGUAGAAAAUAGUAAAAAAUAAAGAAAAACCCUUGAAUGAGUAGGUGUGUCCAAACUUUUGACUGGUACUGUAUGUAUAGCCUUCUGGGUGAGGGAGGCACAAGGACACUGGGACACAAAGCUCCAAUUAUAAGAAUCAAUACAGGCGCCUGAGUUAAACAGUAACUACUAGUGGCAGUUAGUCGCUCUCCUCACUCUGCCUAUUGCUUAGUCUCUGAACCAUUGGUGGCCGACUGUACCUGUAACAACCCUGUUUAUGGUAGAGAUCUGUGUUUACUGGGGAUGUAACGAUUCACCGAUACGCUUCGGUCCCCAGUUCAAAUGUUUAAGAUACCAAACCAAUCCAAAUCUAGCAUGCAUCAGUCAGAAAAUCGAUUCAAACAUUACGAAUCGUCGGUUCACUUUUUUUUUUCUCCCUCAAAUACCUUUCUUUCUACCUUCUGAAAAUACCUAUUUUCUUUUUACUCCUUCAGUGUCGAACUAAGCAUGUAAAUGCAUUGACAGUCAUUGAUCUACAAGUCCCUUUGCAUGCCGAACAACCCCAGGGAAUAUCAGUAGCCUAGUCAAACUGCACACUGUGCCCAGCUUCGCCCACUGUCCAAAGAGAGGUCUAUUCCUGAUCUUGCAUAUCUGCGGGGCACCUUCAGCAUUCAAAUGCUUGUAAAAUGGCUUGCGCAAUAUUAGGCUUUAUUAGUUGAGUGACAACCAAUGUAAUUUGCUAGGUUAUUGUUAUCAAAUGCGCUGUUGAAAAUUGGGUUUUACCGGAAUAAAAGUAAGCUACCAGAGACACAACUCUGAUCUGGCUAUAGCCUACCUGCUGAUCGAGGCUUAUAUUCAAUUUUAUUUCGAUUGUUCAGGUUCACCAUCAGCAAUAGUUUGGAUAGUUUUGCUUUAAACAGUCAGUGUAUACAGUGCAUUCGGAAAGUAUUCACUUUUUCCACUUUGUUACGUUACAGUCUUAUUGUAAAAUGUAUUAUUUUUUUUAAUAUCCUCAAUCUACACACAAUACCCCAUAAUGAUAAAGAAAAAAACUGUUUAUACAUUUUUGCAGAUUUCUUAAAAAUAAAAAACUGAAAUACCUUAUUUACAUAAGUAUUCAGACCCUUUGCUAUGAGACUCGAAAUUGAGCUCAGGUGCAUCCUGCUUCCAUUGAUCAUCCUUGAGAUGUUUCUACAACUUCAUUGGAGUCCACCUGUGGUAAAGGAAUUGUCCGUAGCGCUCCGAGACAGGAUUGUGUCGAGGCACAGAUCUGGGGAAGGGUACCAAAAAAUAUCUGCAUUAUUGAAGGUCCCCAAGAACACAGUGGCCUCCAUCAUUCUUAAAUGGAAGAAGUUUGGAACCACCAAGUACAAAGAGAUCCUUGAUGAAACCCUGCUCCAGAGCGCUCAGGACCUCAGACUGGGGUGAAAGGUUCACCUUCCAACAGGACAACGACUCUAAGCACACAGCCAAGACAACGCAGGAGUGGCUUCGGGACAAGUCUCUGAAUGUCCUUGAGUGGCCCAGCCAGAGCCCGGACUUGAACCUGAUCGGACAUCUCAGGAGAGACCUGAAAAUAGCUGUGCAGCGACGCUCCCCAUCCAACCUGACAGAGCUUGAGAGGAUCUGCAGAGAAGAAUGGGAGAAAUCCCACAAAUACAGGUGUGCCAAGCUUGUAGUGUCAUACCCAAGAAGACUCGAGGCUGUAAUCGCUGCCAAAGGUGCUUCAACAAAGUACUGAGUAAAGGGUCUGAAUACUUAUGUAAGUGUGAUAUUUGCAACAAUUUCUAAAAACCAGUUUUUGCUUUGUCAUUUUGGGGUAUUGUGUGUAGAUUGAUGAGGAAAAACAAUGUAAUCCAUUUUAGAAUAAGGCUGUAACGUAACAAAAUGUGGAAAAAGUCAAGGGGUCUGAAUACUUUCCGAAUGCACUGUAUGGUCAUUUUUAGAUAUACAGGGUAAAGUUGAUCAUUUCAUAAGAAGGACAGCAAACACUUUUGGCGAGCAGCACUGCAUGGAUGAAGCGAGAGGAGAAGAGAAGCUUACUGCGUAAAAAGUUCCAAACGAUCAAAACCAUUUGAUCUGGAGACAGGUGAAAUCCAAAGUUGUGCUAUAUAUUCAUUGGCUAUUUCAUAGAGAAAUAUUAAUACGUUACUAGCACAAACACUUAAAAUGUUAUAAUCUGAUAGAUGCCCAGUCUCCCUUAUGGCUGAAGUUGGGUUCUCACACUCACACACACACACACACACACCACACACACACACACACACACACACACACACACACACACACACACACACACACACAGUUCAGAGAAGUCAGCUCAGAUAUUUUUCUAGUGUUAGAUGUUGUUUUGAUCAAAUGUUUUUUAUAUGUAUAUGGGUUCGGCAACUGUUUGAUCAGAGAAGUGUUGAUACUGCUGGUACUGGUAGUUCUCCAGUCAUAUUUGAUGUGUUUCAGCAAAUUCAGUAUACCAAAAAAAUGGAAAUGUGCUUCAAAUGUAAUCUUUUCUCUUGGGCCUGUAGCCUGUCUCAGUGUGAUAUCCAAUAUCAACAUGAAUACUGAUGACUUCUCUCUCUCUACAGGUUCCCAUGAUGCCCCUCGUCUGUCGUGCGCCUCCCCAUUUCCCAGAAGCCCCAUGGACUCCUCUCCAGGGUCUCCUCACCCUGACCCGUUCCCUAGCAACAACCUUUCCAACCAGCUGCAGCCACCACCUCUCCCCGAGAAGAAGAUGGUGAACCGCACCGUCUCCGCCCCUGACAGUGCGGCCGGGAAACCCCUGGUCCGGGCCUUCCCCCGCCUCCCCUUCACCGGUGGCUCUGAGAGUAACGCAUCUCGUCCAGAUGUACCAUCCCUGUCCAGCCUCCCGUCCUCCCCUGUCGACCCUCGUCCCGUCUACUCCUCCUCCGAAUCCUUAGAGCGCUGUCAUGCGCCUCUGGGUCGCCCCCUGCGCUCCCGGACCCUGGACGAACCCCUGAAAGUACGUGGUCGACUCGGAGGACACAGCCGGGGCAGCAUCACCUCCUCCUCCUCCCCCCAGCUCAGUGCCCUUCACCUCUCGGCCUCCGGGCCCACCCACGGCUCUAGCCUGCAGUUGCAGACCCUGCUCAGUAACAUAGACAGUAGAGAGGGGAUCUACUCUAAGCUGGGAGGCCUGUACGCUGAGUCGUUGCGGCGCCUGGCUCUAAAAUGUGAGGACCACUUCACCCGCAGUCAGAAGAACACGCUGCGCUUCGAUGAGAGCAACUGGUCCCUGUUCAAACUGACCUGUAACAAGGCCAGCUGUAAUGCAGGCGAUGCUGUCUACUACUCUGCUGCCUGCGCCUCCGACCCAUCUAACUCCUACGCUGUCAAGGUAACAACAUUAGAUACCUUUCAUCUCUAUAGCUCUCUGUGGUCUUAAAUUUCAACUGUUUUUUUUUUUGUGCCAAUACACUACACACACAGUCAAGGUAACUGAACACAAACUUUUAUUUAGUUAAUCUUUAUUUAAGCCCCAUUUAGGUCAGAAGAACGCUUUCCCUAGGGAGAUUUGUCUCUCUGUGUUCUUGAGUUUCAAAGUGGGAUUGUUUUGGGGGCCAAGGCUCUCAUGUAGUGCUUGAUAAUCAAAUAGUUUUGAUAUCAAGGACUCUGGUGUUUAAUGUUUACAAUAAGUGUGAAAGACAAAACAACAAGGCUGAGAAUACAAAAACGUGUGGAAUUAUAAACAAGCGUGGGGCGAGGAUGUGUUACUGUGUGUGUGUGUAUGUGUCUGUGAGAGACAUGUCUAGAGGCAUCUCCCAUAAUUACCGUGAGAAGAGGUUCUUUGUAAUCUGUAGUUUAAAUUCAAACUCCUCUCUGAUUGGACUGUGUACGUUCAGACUCCCCUGUGAUUGGACUGUGUAAGUUCUACUCAUCAAUCAAGGUAAUCUUCCUACCUUGUUAAAGAGUAGCUUGUUAAACAAUAAAACAUGUCCAAUGAAGUAAGAGCGACCCGUUAACAAGCUCUUUGACUGAGAUCCAAAGGGAGCCACAGCCCCUUCACUUUGUUUGUGUGCCAAAUGGCACCUUAUUCCCUACAUAGUGCACUACUUUUGACCAGGUCCUAUGGGCUUCUGGUCAAAAGUAAUGCACUAUAUAGGAGAUAGGGUGCCAUUUGGGACAGACUUUGUUUGUUCUCUGAGAGAAGAGAAGGAAGGUCCCACCAUUCUAGUGUUCCUCCAGGGAAUGUACUGUAGCCUGCUGUGGAGGGAGGAGGGUGUGCUGCUCUGCAUUCAUUAUGACUGACCUUUGUCCCAAAGUCAUUAGCAACGUGUAAAUCCAGAACAGGGCAGCCGUGUGUGUGUGUGUGUGUGUGUUAGGGGAGGUUUGCUGCCUGAGGCUCUGUAUAGUCUUGCCUUAUGUCUCUGGGUCCAUUAAUCUUUUCAUGCCAGCCAGGAUUUACAGUCAUACACACCCCUGUUGUCAAGGCCUGUACACACACACACACACACACACACACACACACACACACACACACACACACACACACAGUGUAUGAAAUCAUCCAGCCUUCAUAGUAAUCAUCAGUCUGCAAUCUGUAGAAUCACAGUUAAUCACUAUGUCUACGUCCCAAAUUACACCCUAUUCCUUAUAUAGUGCACUACAUUUGCCUAUGGGCCCUGGUCAAAAGUAGUGCACUAUAUAGGGAAUAGGGUGCAAUUUGGGAAGCACACUAUGUCAUAUCAGAGCUCACCCUAUUCCCAAUAUAGUGCGCUACUUUUGACUAGGGCCUAUAGGACUCUGGUCAAAAGUAGUGCACUAUGUAGGGCAUAGGGUGCCAUUUGGGAUGCAACUCACAGUGUUUGGCUUUGCACAUAUUGUACAUGAUGAAACUCAUUAAUCUGAGCUGCUUGUAGUUAGACAGUAAUACCAUAAGUGUACCAGUGUUUGUCUGCUUGAAAACAAGAUCGGAAUGAAUGCAGGAUUUAAAGCUUGGUGACAGCGAGUGAGAAUACUAAAUCUCACAGUGCAAGUAGAGAAUGUGUUAAUGUCUCUACUUGAAGCUGCAAACAAGGGGAAAUCUAUUGUAAAAUCUCGUGACAGGCAAGUAGCGUGCAAGCACACAGGCAAGUAGCGUGCAAGCACACAGGCAAGAUUUGGUUCUGGAUGCAGAGAUAACAUUUUACAUUUUAGUCAUUUAGCAGACGCUCUUAUCCAGAGCGACUUACAGUUAGUGAGUGCAUACAUUAUUUGAUUUUUUAUUUUUAUUUUUUUUCAUACCCCCCGUGGGAAACGAACCCACAACCCUGGCGUUGCAAACGCCAUGCUCUACAUCCCUGCCGACCAUUCCCUCCCCUACCCUGGACGACGCUGGGCCAAUUGUGCGCCGCCCCAUACAAGUCAUAAAACUGUUUCAAUAUAAUUAGUAUUUCCCCAUUCUCUCCACAUUAUGGCUUUGACUCUCCCCUCCUCCAUUCUCUACCAACUCUAACCAUUAUGUUUCUCUCUCUCCCUCCAGAUCUGUAAGAGCCAGACCUCUGAAGCCAAGCAGGGUCACCUCUACGGCUUGUCUGUCCAGCAAACCCUCCCACCCCACUUCAACCUCCAACAGGACUGUGGUCACUUCAUCGCCUGCGUUCCCCAGAGCAUGCUCCCCCCUGACGAGGCUUCACUGCCCCUCGGGCCCAACCCAACGCAGGGGGACAAGGAACGCGUGGUGGUUAUCACCCGGGAGGUGCCACAGCAGAGUACGGCAGACUUCGUGAAGGAGUGGGCGUCCUUCCACCAGGCUCAGCCGGAGGUCAGUCGUCUGUCCCGUAUCUUGUACAGUACUAGGCUGCGUCUCAAAUGGCACCCUAGGCCCAAUAGGGCUCUGGUCAAAAGUAGUGCACUAUAUAGGGAAUAGGGUGCCAUUUGGGACACUCCCCUAGCUUUCUUCAUUUUAGCUUUAAGUUUUCCGCCUUUUUAUUAGCUUGUUUUGAUGUACAGAGCUUUGUGAUUUCUGAUGAAAAGCGCUCUACAAAUGAAAUGUAUUGUUUUUUAUGUAGGUGUACGAGCGGCGGGUCUGCUUCCUCCUACUGCAGCUGUGCAACGGUCUGGAGCACCUAAAGGAGCACGGGGUCACGCACCGCGACCUCUGUCUGGAGAACCUCCUCCUGAUCCCUCACCGUUGCCCCCUGCAGGCCAACCCCAACGCCCCCUACGACCAGAAGUACCUCCCCCGCCUGGUCAUCUCCAGCUUCGCCAAGGCCAAGCAGCGAAACACUGAGGAUUCCGCUGCCAAUGACCCCCGCCUUAAACGCGACCACGCCCGCCUGGCCCCGGAGAUCGUGUCAGCCGCCCAGUACCGGAAAUUCGACGAGUUCCAAACGGGAAUCCUGAUCUACGAGCUGCUCCACCAGCCCAACCCGUUCGAGGUGAGCCCGAAACUGAAAGAACAGGACUAUAGCUGUGAGGACCUGCCCCCCAUUCCUCCAGUCUCCCUCUACUCCGCUGGGCUCCAGAGACUAACCCGGCUGCUCCUCCAGCCAGACCCAAUCAAACGCAUCCACAUCCAGGAGGCUAAGCGGGUGCUGCAGAGCCUACUGUGGGGCCCCCGGAGGGACCUGAUGGAGCAGCAGCAGUGGGGGGACCGAGACAGGCUGGGCCCCGGAGAAGGGCCACGCCACGAGGGCCUCCUCAACUGGCUGGACGUGAAGAGAGCCCUGCUGAUGAUGAAGUUUGCUGAGAGGUCUCUGGAGCCGGAAAGGAAUGCAGAGUUGGAGGACUGGCUGUGUUGUCAGUACUUCAGCGCCGCUCACCCUCUGUCCCUGUGUCAUACUGCUGAACUGCUCUACUCACUCAAAUGA